ACCUAAUUAUAUAUAUCAAAUUCAGUCCUAAUCAAUUUACAAAAUUCAAUUUACAAAUUCUCACCCUCCCUUCCCGGACCCCGAAUUGGCUACUGGCCGAUUAUCUCCCGGUGCGUAGUUGCGGCGGACGUCCCGAGGUGCGGCUGACCGGCGGUGGAGUGACGAUGUGCGGCGACUCCGCCCAAUUAGUAUUUUGGAAAGCAGUCUUGAGUGUUUUUUUUUUCCCUCAGUGAUGAAGAUGACACUGUUGAUAGCAGAGCAAGAACAGUGAUGAUUAAGGAAGUGCAAAGCAUUCCGAGAAUGAGAAGCACUUCUGAGAUUGGUAGGAAGAGACGGAUUGUUCUAGACUCUGAAGAUGAUGAACCCGAGCGCAAUUUUGUGAGAUUCCCCCAACAGCCUGAAGCAUCAGUCAAGAGAGGGAAUGAGGCCUCCCCAGAACCCCCCAAAAAAUGCAGGACUGUUUCAAUUAGCGAAAGACUUGUUGAAGAUAGUUUUUCAUUUCAUGAAUUGGAAUGCACUGAAGUACCAGUGAUGAAGUUAGAUUCAGGGCGAAGAAUAAAAACACCAGUAAAUAGAAGCAUGGUGAGGAACAAGUGUGAAAGUUCAUUUGGCACAAGUGCCUCCAAUUUUUCUAGCAUUAAUUCAGAUCCUAGUUGUUGUGAUGAACCACAGUAUGGUUAUGAAGGAGGAGAGGAGGACGCAGAGGAAGAAGGGUACAGUCUAGAAUCUUCAUUAAGAAAUAAACGGAGACUGUUCACUCAAGAUGAUGAAAUUCAUAAUAAGAGAAACUCUUAUAAGAUAACUCCCAGUAAGGAAAAGAGUGUAAAAAGAAAACCUAUUAGAAAGAAAAUAAGUUGUGAAGAGCAAAAUGAGUUGGAGAAUGAUCAGAAGUCAACGACUAAAAGAUACAUCCAGCCAACAGAAGUAGCUGCGCAUUUGCAACAAAAGAAACCUAAAAAAAAUUCAGAUUAUUGCACCAGAGCUUCAAAGAAUAAUGAGAUUUCUAAAGAUGAAAUUAUGAUGGACAAGGUGGAUGAUGGAAGUGAAGAGGAGUGGGGUGGAUGCAAGGACAACUCGAGAUCAUCACUUGUUAGACAAAGCAUGCUGAAAACUCAAGACAUUGAAAGCUUAAGCACUAACAGAAUGCCAACAAGACGUGCUGCUGCAUCAUACAAAAAAUAUAAUCUUGAUCAUGAUUUUUAUGUUGGUGAUUGGGAUGAUGAAGAUGACGAUGAAGAUUUGGUGCUGACAACAAAGACAAUGAGUCUAAAUAAUGGUUCACAUAUUAUGAUUACAGCAGAAAGUGAUGAUUCAAAUGCUUUGCGCUUGAGUGAAACCCUAAAUGGCACAAGAAUAAAGAAAGAUUACUCUAGGAAACUAUCUACUAGUUCUUCAUCUCCAUCAUCUUCCUUGUCCGAUUCGACAGUUUCAAAAAGUAGUAAGGACAGUAUGGAUGUAUCUAAAACUAUGAAGGUUAAUGAGGUAAGGGCUGUACAGUCUGCACAAUUGGCAAUGUGUCAUCAAUGUCAAAGGAGAGAUCGAAGAAUAGUUGUUCCUUGCAAAAAGUGUGAAAAGAACUUUUACUGCAUUCGGUGCAUCAAGCAAUGGUAUCCCCAGCUGUUAGAGGAAGAAGUUUCAGAGAUUUGCCCCUUCUGUCGUGGGAAUUGCAAUUGCAACAAGUGUUUACACUUGAGUGGCUUCAUCAGGACCUCAAGAAGAGAUCUCACAGAUGGUGAAAAACUUCAGCAUCUUCACUAUUUAGUCGAUAAACUUCUCCCCUUCCUUGAACAAAUUCAUGUAGAACAAAUUCAGGAGAUAGAAGCAGAAUCUGUUAUUCAAGGUGUAUCUUCAUCUUCAAUUGAGGUCAAAGAAUCAAUAUGUUACAAUGAUGAGAGAGUCUAUUGCAAUCAAUGUUCAACUUCAAUUGUGGAUCUUCACCGAAGUUGCCCUGGCUGCUCAUAUGAGCUCUGUCUGCGCUGUUGUCAGGAGAUUCGUGAAGGCAAGUUUCCAGGAUGUCCAGUAAGAGAAAUUUUCAAAUAUAAAAAUAAAGGAUAUGAUUACAUUCAUGGCGGUGAUCCACAACCAGAAUUUGUUGACGAGGAAAAGUCAUGGGAUCAGAAUGAACCAGUGAAUCAAUGGACUGCCAAUAGUGAUGGCAGUAUCACAUGUGCUCCUGAAGAAAUGGGUGGAUGUGGAAGUCAUGUCUUAGAGCUCAAGUGUCUCCUUCCAGAAGGAUGGAUCUCAACUUUGGAAGCAAGAGCAAAAAAUAGAUUGAGCCAAUUUGAUAGUGUCAAGACAACUUGUUGGCCAGUUGAUAUCAAGAAUGACCCUGAAAAGUUAUGUAGAUCAGCAUCUAGAAUAGGUUCUAAUGACAACUGCUUGUAUUGUCCUACUGCGAGGGAUGCUUUGAAGGAGGAAGAGCUUUUUCACUUUCGGAGUCAUUGGGCUAGGGGUGAACCAGUGAUUGUUCGAGAUGUUCUUGAGCAGACUUCUGGUCUAAGUUGGGAACCAAUGGUUAUGUGGCGUGCCUUGUGCGAGAACACAAAUUCAAAUAUCAGUUCAAAAAUGUCAGAAGUUAAAGCUAUUGAUUGCUUGGCUGGUUGUGAGGUUGAGAUUAGUACGCGAAAAUUUUUCAAAGGCUAUACAGAUGGGAGAACAUAUGCAAAUUUCUGGCCAGAGAUGCUCAAACUUAAAGAUUGGCCACCAUCUGAUAAAUUUGAAAAUCUCUUACCCCGCCACUGUGACGAGUUUAUUAGUGCAUUGCCAUUCCAGGAAUACACUGAUCUAAGGGAUGGAAUUCUUAAUCUUGGUGUAAAGUUGCCGGCAGGUGUCAUAAAACCUGAUUUAGGUCCCAAGACGUACAUAGCGUAUGGGCUUAAAGAGGAACUUGGAAGAGGGGACUCUGUAACUAAGCUUCAUUGUGAUAUGUCAGAUGCGGUAAACAUUUUGACGCACACAGCAGAAGUAGCUUUAAGUGGUGAACAGAGGUCUACAAUUGAGAGAUUGAAAGAAAAGCACAUGCUUCAAGAUGAAAAGGAGCGCCUUGAGCGAGGGGAUUGCAAGGUUUCAGAUUGGGACAACGAGGCACACACCAGAACAGGGGACGUGUCUUGCAACAUGAUUCCAAGAAGUUUUCCAUCAGAGGAGCUAACAGAUGGUACAGGCAGUGCCCUUUGGGAUAUAUUUCGAAGGGAGGAUGUGCCAAAGUUAAAUGAGUAUCUUAUAAAGCAUUCAAAAGAAUUUAGACACACUUACUGUUGUCCAGUUGAAAAGGUUUUUCAUCCAAUUCAUGACCAAAGCUUCUAUUUAACUUUAGAACACAAAAGAAAACUCAAGGAAGAGUUUGGAAUAGAACCUUGGACAUUUGAACAGAGACUUGGAGAGGCUGUUUUCAUUCCUGCAGGCUGCCCUCACCAAGUUCGAAAUCUUAAGUCAUGUACAAAAGUUGCGGCAGACUUCAUUUCUCCUGAAAACAUCAAAGAGUGCAUCCAACUUACAGAAGAAUUCAGGACACUACCAGUCAACCACAAGGCCAGGGAAGACAAACUAGAGAUAAAGAAAAUGAUCCUUCAUGCUAUCAACCAAGCAGUAGAAGAAUUGGAAACAUUGACAUCAUCCAAGUGAUCUGGAUUAUAAAAUCAGCAACUGGGAUCAGUAAUAACAGUAACAUUGUUUUGCAUCACCUCAGCAAAGGUUUUACUUUGACAAUGGAAUCGGCUUGAUUUUUGAUAGCCUUUGCUCCUCUAAUCUUUACCCACCGUUGUAUUACGAAUCUGUGCCGAAUUGUAACAAUGUCAUUUAUAGGCUGCUCAUGUGAAGUCAUCAAUGAACUACAAUUGUAUCGGAUUCUCUUUCAUGUGUUAUGCCUAUGUACUAAUAAAAGGCUAGGGAUUCCCAUGAAAGAAGAAUCAAAAUAUAUUUUCUUAAUAAAAUCAAAAUUUAUUCCCCUUCAUAUUUGUGCCACAAUUCCGUUGUAGCAAAUGAGAAUCUUUGCAUCAGUUGUCUUCAUAUAUUUUUCUCCCUUGGGCCCUAAAUGUUGAGCUUCCCCAAAGACCAGGAAUCUAUAAACAAACUUAUUAGAGGAUAUUAUGGCUAUUUUACACAGAUCAUAACAAGUUAAAUAGAGGUGAUUUUCUUAUUUGAACUUUGUGAGUAUUCCUUAUGGAUCUGAAAAGGAGGCUAGGAGUAGGUUGCUGCUGGUUUGAAUAUUUUCAUCCAGCAAUACCUGGUUAGUUAUACUUUUUUUUUCGCAAACAUUAGAAUGUGCUAUUGAUUUUCUUACCUGGUUAGACUUACAGCAGUAAGUCUAAUGAUAGACCUUGUGCUGCAGUAAAUCUAACCAGUUCAGAAAUCUACACCACAGUAAGUCUAAUGAUUGAUUUUCUUCAGGUGAGCCUCUUAUUUUUAUUGAAGUUGGAUGGACUUAUGAAGGAUGCGGCUCAGAGAAUGCAGGAGGUCUUAUGGGAUGAUCCUCUAAUACUUGAAUGUGAUGCCACUAUUUUACUCUAUUCCAUCAACUCAGCCUGUUGCAGCCUGGUUUAUCAGGAAUCAACCCUGGGAAGUUUCUGAUCAAACGUGUGAUUGAUGUGGUAAAGAAGCAUAUGCCACACAUCUCUGUAAGUUCUAUUUUAAUUAGUUAUGUCACCUUCUUGAGAACCACACAAGAGAGUAUUCCUUUUUUGCAUGAGGGAAAUUAGGAACAAAAACUUCUUUUCUGUUGUGCUACUGCCAAAAACUACUGAUGGCCUCCCCCACAUGCCAGUUUUCUGAGUCAAUACUGUUGAUGUAUAAGUUGCAGAAAAUUUGCAACACUUAGUCCUAUCCCUGGUUACAUGCAAUGGCUUCUUUCUAAGCUGGCUUCUUCAGAGAGAUCUGGUUCUGCUUUUAGAGAGAGCUUACUUGAGCCAGAUGAAGAAAGAGGCAAAGAGCUAUUUUAAAUGCAUCAGGCAGGAGAAGAAGUGGAUACGGAAUGUGUUGGCAUCAAAGGACUGUGAGUGGACUAAUUCAGUGAUGUUGAUAUCAGCACCUACCUGUGCUUAAAAUCCCUCUAAUGCGACUUUGUGGCAGGUACCUUCUAAACGAGAAGAAGAGUGGGAAAACUCGCUCUAGACUCCGUUGCAAAUUAUUUCCACUUAUGGGGCAGUAUGAAAAGUUGGUAGAUAUUGCCAUAUUGGUCUGCUGAUUGUUAUAAUGCUGAUGAGUGGCGUGCUCCUAUGAGUGAAAAGAUGGCGGAAAGUAGCUUUGGUUUAGGUAGCUAGCUGUAUAAAUUGCGUAGUUAUAAAGAGUUUAUAAGGCAGGAAUAUGCAUUUUCAACUUUAUUCGAAAAAUACAAUUGUGUUAUGGCCAUUGGGAUUGGAUGGUCAAUCUCAAUAUAAUACAAGGUUGAUGUGACUAUA